ACCUCAGAAACACUCAAAACCCAUCAACAAACAUCAGAAAUCUUCUCUUCAACACACAUAAAAACAAUCUUUUGUUCAAAACUUUCAAGAGCUAGCUUCUUUUUUCUCAUCUUAAAUCCCUCAAAAAUCCUCAUUUCUAAGUUACAAAAAUGGCACCCAAUGUUUUUGGUCUUGCAACCAAGGCUACUAGUUUGGCCAAGGCAGCAAGUUUGCCAAGGCGUGCUUAUGUGACGUUCUUGGCAGGCAACGGUGAUUACUGGAAAGGUGUGGUUGGUUUGGUCAAGGGAUUGAGAAAGGCAAAAUCUGCUUAUCCACUUGUUGUGGCUUGUUUGCCUGACGUCCCUGCGGAACAUCGACGUAUACUCAUCAACCAAGGUUGCAUCGUUCGAGAGAUCGAGCCUGUUUACCCUCCAGAGAACCAAACUCAAUUUGCUAUGGCUUAUUAUGUCAUCAACUAUUCCAAACUCCGUAUAUGGGAGUUUGUGGAGUAUAGCAAGAUGAUAUACUUGGAUGGGGAUAUCCAGGUGUUUGAUAACAUAGACCACCUCUUUGACUUGCCAGAUGGCUAUUUCUAUGCGGUGAUGGAUUGUUUCUGUGAGAAAACUUGGAGUCACACCCCACAGUAUAAGGUUGGGUACUGCCAACAGUGCCCAGAUAAGGUCCAGUGGACUGAAGAUUUGGGCCCUAAGCCACCUCUAUACUUCAAUGCUGGCAUGUUUGUCUUUGAGCCAAGUCUCUCCACUUAUGAUGAUCUCUUGAAGACCCUCAAAGUUACCCCUCCUACUCCAUUUGCUGAGCAGGAUUUCUUGAACAUGUUUUUCAAAGAUGUCUACAAGCCAAUUCCAAACAACUACAACUUGGUACUAGCUAUGUUGUGGCGUCACCCAGAGAAUGUGGACCUUAACAAGGUGAAAGUUGUUCACUAUUGUGCUGCGGGGUCUAAGCCAUGGAGGUAUACUGGCAAAGAAGAAAACAUGGAUAGAGAAGACAUUAAGAUGCUGGUGAAGAACUGGUGGGAUAUUUACAAUGACGAGUCAUUGGAUUACAAGAAUGCCAACGUGGCUGCUGUUGAUGGCGAAGCUGAAGCUAACAAAUUUAUGGUUGCAAUUUCAGAGGCUGGUGUUCUGCACUAUAUUACUGCUCCAUCAGCCGCUUAGAUUAUUAAUAAUUGCAUGCUUUGUACUUGUUUUUAGUUUUUUUGUUCUUUCUGAUUUUACUUUGAUAUGUAUAGGGUCUUAAAGAAGCAAAAUAUACUAGUUUUACAGAGCGCUACUCUUAGAUUACAAGAGAUAGAGAUUGUCUGUAUAAUAUAACAGGCAAUUUCAGUAGUUCUACAAGUUUCGAGUUCUGAUUUCUUUUUCUCUUCUUUUGUUUUAUGGAUAUUGGAAGAGUACAUAAAUGAAGUAUGUAUUUACGUUAAUC